GACGAUUUUAAAUUACCAUGUAUAUCGAAGCGGUUGGUAAUGGUGUUUGAUAACCUGUUCAUCUUCUUUUUUAAAAUUUAGCAAACGCAUUUUCGCGGUAAGAAGUGUAGCCAAUAUGGCCGUUAGUUCGUUUAUCUAUUGAUUCAUCUUAUCAGACUGAAGAGGAAAACAUCUUUUGAGUGAAUAAAAUGAAUGUAAUAUAGGCUUAAGGAAACAUGUUAGCAAAUGAUUAUUCUAUGCCAAUACAACUGUCCUCUACCUUAAGAACAAUGCCACUGUCGAAGUAUUACGAAGCCAAAAAUAUGCGCCACUUUGCUCUCGCUCAAAAUGGGUACGAUGAAGAACUUUCCAAAGAUGUGCCUGCAAUUAACAGUGUGUGCGACGUAGAAGGACGAAAUUGUAACUUAAAUGCUAUAGCAUUCUGCGUGGCAACACCCGUAAUGCAAUUAAAUACUGUACCACCGCCACCGCAUAAUUCCUAUGUUACAAAGUAUAAUGUUAACGUGAACAAAAGGAAUAAUCACCAAAACAACGCGAACUUUGAAGAGCAAAGGCCACAGUGGGGAGUUCAGCACGAAGAUCACAAUAACGGUGUGGGAUUACGUCGAAAUAGUUACAGAUUUCCAUACACAAGUACCUUUUAUAAUAACAACAACUACAGAUGUGAUAAGACUUCUGAAUUUGUUUGUCACUCUAACAAUCAGAACUACAACAAUAAUUAUGGUAAAAAUAGAUAUUAUGGAAACCAUGGAAAAAAGCCUAGGAAAGUUAAAACCCAUUUGCAUAUCAGUGGUCUGGUCCAGCGAUUUACGUCCAGAGCGAAACUAUUUAAAACAGAUCUUUUAUCUGCAAAAGUGAAUAAAAUGAAUCAAUUAGAUAAGGCAAUAUGGGACUUAUUUUGUGCGAAAGCGCAGUCCGAAGAAACCUACCUUCAUAAAUUGGAUUUAUGGGCGAAGCUGUUUCUUCACAUUACAAAACUGUUCGAAAGAUACGGUUUAUUUAUGGUAGGGUCCACGAUGUCUGGCUUAGCGACAAAAAAUAGUGACAUAGAUAUGUGUUUAUUACUAAGAACUGGCGCUACGGAUAAUAGGGCCAACGCGGUUUAUUACUUAGAAAUAAUAAGAAAUUCCUUAAUUAACUGUGAUUUUGUACAAGCACCCGAGGUGAUUUUAGCUAAAGUGCCUAUCUUAAAAUUUAGAACAAGCGAACACGGUUUUGAAGUAGAUUUAAAUUGCAAUAAUACGGUCGGAAUACGCAAUACACACUUACUUCAUUGUUAUACACAAUUGGACUGGAGAGUGCGACCGUUGAUUAUUAUUGUUAAAUUAUGGGCACAAGCUAAUGGUAUAAAUGACGCUAAAACUAUGACAAUUUCUAGUUACUCGUAUGCACUUAUGGUGAUACAUUUUUUACAGUGUGGAGUGGUACCUCCAGUAAUACCAUGCUUGCAUGGUCUGUACCCUGAGAAAUUUAACCCCGACAGGGAAAUCCACGAUAUUGAUGUACAAGAAGAAUUACCUCGAUUUGUAUCCGAUAAUAAGCAAUCGUUAGGGGAAUUAUUAAAUGGAUUUUUAUAUUAUUACGCAAAUUUUAACUUCGAUGUACACGCGAUAUCUGUGCGAGUUGCAGCUCGCGUAACGGUGGACGAGUGUCGUUACGCACGCUCUCUUAAAAAUGAUCCGCAUCAGUGGAAAUAUUUAUGCAUCGAGGAACCUUUUGAUCUUACAAAUACAGCACGCUCGGUUUACGAUUUAGCCACGUUUAAGCGCAUUCAAAAGGUGUUUGAAGUUUCCAGCAGCACUUUAAUGAAGACUGAAGAUCUUAGCCGUAUUUUAGUAAACGUAAACGAUAACCAAAGAUGAUAUGGUACUCUAAAACUACAUGCACACCUUUUUGUGGUAUUAGUUUUGGAUUUAGUUCUGCAAGUUUAGGCUAAGAUGUAUUUUAUUUGUUGUGUUUUGUCCUUGUUCUUGUUUACAAAUUUAUUUAAAAAUGAAAAAAAAUAUAUAUUUGUAGAGAUAAGAAAUGGAAGUUGCGUAGUAUUUUUGAAAAAUCGCAACCUCCCAUACCAGUAUUAUUGUAGAUUAUCAUUUACUUCUGGAAUGAAAUGUGCAAUUUUAUUUA